UCUUUUCAUUCAGUCCAGUGAUUUUGCAGUGAGCACAUCAUUCCAGUAUAGAUAGUCAAUUUUAAUGGUUAAGUGGCUAUUUCAUUGAUUACCACAUUGUGGUGUGGAUUACAUUACCCAGAAUAGCUUGACUGGUUGAUUGCUUCCUGUGGUACUGAUACUAAAACAAUUGAUAUUUUUCCGAGUGCUAUUGGCGGUGUGAUCAUUUAUUGUUAUUGUUGACGAACUUGGUAAAGUACGUGGUUGGAUUGAUGCAAGUGAGCCUGAUACGGGUGACUGGAUGAAGUACAUACGUAGUGCACCGGAUCUGGAGGACCAGCAGAACAUGAUGGCAGUUCAAAUGGACCAUAAGGUUUUCUAUAAAGUGGUCCGUCCAAUUUCCACCGGUGAUGAACUGCUGGUCACCAAAGACACUGUCUUCUCAGAAAAAAGUGAACACCAGCUACCAGAAAUUGAGGAAAAAGUACACACUUGUGGAGACUGUGACGAAUCAUUCACUUCAAAGACUGCCCUCAGAGAUCAUGAACAAUAUUCAUGUCCUAGGAAAGAGUACAGUGACAAUGAGAGUGAAAAACAUUCUCAAGCAGAAAAUAGUGAUGAGGAAAUGGAAAGGACACCCUCUAUGGUUUCAGAGGAUUAUGCAAACUACAACCAAUCUGAACUGAACCAGUAUGAUGAAAGUCGAGAGUUUAAGUGUGACCAGUGUCCCAAGACUUUUAACUGGAAGGCUAAUUUAAUCCGUCACCAAUGUACACACAAUUCAGAGCGCCAAUAUUCCUGUGAAAACUGUAGCAAAGUGUUCACCGACCCAAGUAAUUUACAGAGACACAUCCGCACACAACACCACGGUGCUAGAUGCCACGCCUGCCCCGAGUGCGGCAAAACAUUCGCAACAAGCAGUGGUCUAAAACAACACACUCAUAUACAUAGCAGUAUAAAACCAUUUACAUGUGAAGUAUGCUUGAAAUCAUACACCCAAUUUUCUAAUCUAUGCCGACACAAACGAAUGCACAUAGACUGCCGGACCCGCUUAAAGUGCAUGGGAUGUGGACAGGUGUUUUCUACUGUUACAUCUCUUAAUAAACACCGCAGAUUCUGCCAUGGCCAGCAGCUAUUAAACAGUCAGUUAGCUGCUGGUGUUCCUCUUCAACAGAGCCUUCGUGGGGGACAUGGACUACUGUCUGGAGGACAUCCUAUGGUUGGCAGCCUGCCAGCCGGUGCCAUGCAUCCUGCCAGCAUGGCACACAUGUGGAAUGCCAACAUCCAUUUACAGCAACAAGCCUUAAUGCAAAAUAGCUUGCUGGCAGAGAAAGGACUUCCUCCACAGCCAUUUAUGCUAGGUUACCCACCUCUGUCGAAAUCACAACCUACCAGUCCUACAGACAGCAAUUUCCAAAAGCCUUUACAGCCCAGACUGCCGCCAUCAACAGAGGAAUGGCUAAAGCACUACACAACCCCAGCUCCACAAAAAAAUUUAGAAUCUGGUGACACCAAAUCAAAGGAGGACAGUCCAAAAAAUGUGAAACAUUCAAAAUCAGAGAGUGACAUUAGUGAUGGAAGUGAUGUCUCUAAUGUGAGUACGCCAGCAUCAAGUGAACUUGACUCCACUUCAGGCAGUGAUUUGGACAGUGAUAGUGAUGAGCAUGUACAAAGAAAAGCACCAAAACGAGCCUUACAUCACUCAUCUAAAUCUGCCACAAAGACUAGUGAUACAGUCCAGGAGGAACAAGCAAAGAGUAGACCAAUUUUGUCACCAAGUGAGGGCAGCACAGCAGGAGCUGGAUCCAGUGAGCCAAUCAAGGCAAUUGCUUCUUUUGCAGACAAAUAUUUUGGUGGCCCUGGUGGUCCAAUUUUCAUGCCCCACUUACCAUUCCCAAUCAUAAGACCUGGGAUACCAAUUGAUCCUCUCUGGGCCAGAUCGAUGUUUCUUAACAGGCACACAGCAAAUGGUCACUUAAACAUAAAACAAGCUGUACCAUUUGAUCUUUCUCAGAAAUCACCAGAGAGUCCAGUAGAAGAGAAAAACUCAGCUGAAGACCAACCACUGGAUCUCAGUUUUCCUGUUAAAAAAGCUGAAGAAAUAGUGACCAAACCUGGAGAGGAGCCAAGAAAGACACACAUUUUUGGGAACUCUAAAGACAACAAAAUCUCACCAAUCAACCGGCUCAUGAGCCUACCAUAUCCUCGACCAGUAAUCAUGGACCCCAUUUACAGAGUGAAUCAUCUAGACGGAAGUUCAGCCCCUAAAUACCUGCGCAUAGAUUACCCUCAUGAACAUGCCAGCCGAUCGUCAUUUUCACCUAUUCGUAAAUUUGAGCACUACAAUGGUGACAGUGGUUUAAUAAAAUCUGGUAGCAGUCCACCAAGCCAAGGUUACCCGUUUAAACAUGUUAUCUAUCAAGGACCUUCAAACAAAAUGAUAGUACGUGGAAAAGAUCGUUAUACAUGUAAAUACUGUGGCAAGUUGUUUCCAAGAUCAGCAAAUCUUACACGUCAUCUGCGGACACACACUGGGGAGCAGCCGUACUCAUGUAAAUACUGCGAUCGAUCUUUCAGCAUUUCCUCCAAUCUUCAGCGUCAUGUACGCAACAUCCACAACAAGGAAAAACCAUUCAAGUGUCCAUUAUGUGAUCGUUGCUUUGGUCAGCAGACCAAUUUAGAUCGUCACCUCAAGAAGCACGAAAACGAUAAGACAGAUGAUAGCAUUGUUGUUAGUAGCGAACUUAACGGAAAAGAGGAUUCAUAUUUUGAUGAAAUUAAAAAUUUCAUCGGGGAAAUGGAAGAUGAUGAGAAUGAAGAUGCCAGUCCAGAGAAUGGAUACAAGGACAGCAUUGACCUCAGUCUGAAAAUUGAUGACACACACGAUGCUGAUACUUUGGCAAGUGAUGUAGAUGAAAUGAUGAGCAGCGAGGAGGACAAAGAAUCAAAGGAGGUUGAUGUCAGUGUUAUGAACAUUGAAAGCAAAAUGGAAGAUUGCUCAGAGGAAGAAGGUUCUGAACAAUCGACAGGUGAGAACAGAUCCCUUGAAAAGGUGGAACCAAUGGAAUCGACUACGGGACAGAAUGAUGUUGUUCUCAAUAAGAAAAAGGAGUGGCUAGCUAAAUUUGAACCAGAGAGUAAAAAGUUUGGUAUCGGUUCAGGAAACAGGGAACUGAAACCAGUGUCACCAACAAAUGGAAAUGCUAUUCAUCCACUUCCCCUUGUUAUGAGUCUUAGAAAAGGGGAGACACCAUAUGGAAGUAAACAUAACCACCAUCAACCAGCGACAGCUGUGUAAUUUUUUUUUUAUGACUGAUAUACACAAUAUCAUUUUUAUUAAUGUUUUUAUUAUUUGGAUUAAUUAUAUAUGCCAGUCAGCAACUUUUACCGAUGUUUCAUUAAUGAUAUUUGUGUAGGCUGUACAUUGAAAAGCAUUUAAUCACAUUUUUACCAAAUUCGCUUUUUUUUUUUAUAGAUUAGUCUUUGAUUACUUUCAAUAAUUUUUUUGAUACGGAACAUUCCAAGAAAAUGUUUCUCAUGAAUAAAUUUCAUUUUAUUUAACAAUUCAGCAAAGAAAACAUAUUUCUUUGUUGAUUAAAAACAGUAUAACUACCUCUGCUAUAUAAAAAAAAAUAAAGAAACAACAAAUGAUUUUUUUUUUUUUUAUGAAACUACACAUUUUGAAACUUUAUAGAUCUGUUGUUUUGAUUGCCGAUUCAGUCUUUCGAAAACCAUUAUCUUUGUUUUUUUGGGGUUUUUUAUCUUCAUUUUUUUGUUUGGCAAUCUUUAUUUAACUGGCCGAUUUUAACUCCAUAAUCAAGUCUAUUAUUUUCUAUAUUCACUUUUAAACAUGCAUUCCAUUUUCAUAUACUGUAUCUGUCUUAUUUUAAAUUUAAGGUAACAGAUGAAAAGACCAUAUAUUUAAAUAUUUCUCUUCUUAAGUAUGAAUAUUUCUUAAUUAUUUUUUUCCCAAGGUAAUUAAUUUUCCUAUUAGACUGAAAUUGUAAAAGUAUACUCUAGUUCUGUUAAUAUCAGAAUUACAGAUUAUAAUUAAAGUAUAUGAUGUAUUAUUUUAUAUUUCUGCCUAUCAAUCAAUUAAUAAUGAAUUUUGAUUAGAAUAUUAUUGAAUUGUUGAUCAGUCAAUCAGUUAAUGAUUAAUUGACCAGCAAAUUAAUCAGUCAACUCAUUUACCUUAAUAUAAGGUAAAAACUUAAUGUAAGUGUUAUUUUCUUUUUAUUUUAAUGGCUGAAAUAUUUUCAAUUAUGUAAAUACAUUCACAGUCCAGAUUUUGGAUAUUUUUGUUGGUACUAAAACACAUUUUAUGUUACCCUGAAUUUUUAAAGCUAUUUUUAAAUUGUCGUAAAGAAAACCACUUGAAGUGGCGUAUUUUGUAUUAUGUUCUAAAGUUUUUCAAAUUUGGAUUUUCAUGUAAUUUCUUUCAAAUUUAAUUUCUUUUUUAAUUAGUUGAAUUAGAAAUAUUUUAAUUCAAACAUUUUGUAUUUUCAUUAUUUUUUGUAGGAAAACUUGUAGAACUAUGUAGAAAACUGACACUUAGAGAAAUAAGUAUGACUUUUUUUAUGUAAAAAAAAUAAUGUUAGCCAAGAGAAAGAAAAUGAUAGAAAAAUUGCAAAAAAAAAAAUUAAGAAAGUUUCCAAUGUCGGUCAUUAUAUCUCCAAUAGAAUUAAUGUUGUCUAGAACUUUGUUUUAAAACAUAAAUGAGUCCAUGGGGUCAAGUGAUAGAUGAACUAUGCAAUGAUGUAUUUAUCGAAAGUUUAUUAAUUUUGUUAAUUAAUAAUAGCAAUCAAUUAACUAUACCUUUAUAAUUCUGGUGCCACGUAGGGAUUUUUGCGAUGUUUGUGCCUUAGAUAAAUGAUACCGGGAAUGGGAGAGUGUAAGGUAGUUAAAGACAAAAACUUAUUCAGUGGCCAUGAAAAUUUACAGAUAUCUGGAGUACCUACAGAAUCUAAAUUUGGCCAGAGGUUCAAGAUUUUUACUUUGGUAGUUAUCCUUGCAAUAAAGUAGUGCACCGCAUAUUUGCCUACAGUAAAUACCUAUCUAGCCAGUAAUGUACUUAACAUUAAACAUUGUUAUUUUCAUGUAGUGUUAGUUCGUACUGGAUCUGACCAAUCAGAUGAAAAGAAAUUUAAAUGUUGAGAAUGCUAGGUAGUAAUGGCGUAAAGAUGUAAUUACCACACAUAGGGUGAGCUUUCAGUGGAAAAUAAUUGUUAGUAAAUGAUUUAUCAGUGAGCACUAGAAGGAAUCAAUGUCGUGAACUUUGAAGUUUGAUUUUACAUUCUUGAGGUGCAUCUGAUGUAUCAGAGUUAUUUUCUAUCGUAUUUACUGUUAGUAUUGAGAAAUUAUUGCCAUUGGAAAAAAGCAAUUUUUUGUUCAUAAAGUAUUAUUACAGUCAUUAGGAGAAAACGUUUUGUUGGUUUGAUAACUGCCACAGAACUAUUUGUCAAUAUGUGUCCGUAAACUUGUGACUUAUUUAAUAAAGACAGGGUUAAUAUUCGGGAUGUACCGAUAAAUUGUUAAGUGUAUUACUUUUGAAAGUUAAAAAAACACUAUUUGUACUGUAUAGACACUAGGGGUAGAUGACCCUAGGGUCAACUGUUCUUUUUUGCAACUCAGCUGUAAAGUAAUGAUUGAAUUCUUAAUGUUGUAGCUAAUAAUGUUAUGCAUAACCGGUGCCCUAAAACGGUGCAUGGAGCCCACCUUUGCACUGCAGUCCAUGUCCAGAUUUAGGUGUAAUUUGUUCUGUAUAGGACAUAAUUAUUAUAUGUAUUAUCUUUUUUCUGAAAUAUUACAGUCCAGCACAAAUAUAAAAUAAUUCAAUGUAAAGAUUACUGUACUUAUUUUCAAAGGUUUUAUUUUCAAAGUGUUAAGAAAAUAUGAUGUUCAACCCAAAAUAGAAAUUAAAGAUUGGUGUUGGAUAAUGAUCUUUUGUGUAUAAUGACCAGUUAUUAAGUGCCAGCCUUUGAUGUCAAUAAAAUUAUGUUUCUGAA